AUGAAAGAGAUGAAUCAGAAAAUGGGGACUCACAAGUUCAGAUUUUCAGAUAUUAUGCCUCACACAUGGCUCUAUAAGCUCAAAGGAAUCAGCAGAGGUAGCAGACACCACAUUCCCCCUUCUCCCAAACGCCUCUCCACUUCCUCCUCCACUGAUGCUUCUUCCUCAAGAAACAGCCUUCGUCUUUCUUCAUCUCCUUAUCUCCACCCUCAAGGCUCUUCUUCUUCACCACCCAAAUCUCCUUUCAAGAGAAAACUCAAACGUAAAACUGUUUACAAGCCUUCCUCUAGGCUCAAGCUUUCUUCUUCUUCCUCCUCCUUCAUCAACCCUCAUGUUCCUCUCACCACUUCUCGUAAUCAUCGCUCUAAACCAACCUCUGCAAAUACAAUCAUUCUUGAGCCUUCUCUCACCACUUCUCGUAAUCAUCGCUCCAAACCAUCCUCUGCAAAUGCAGUCUCUGAUUCCACCGUUGGAAGCUUGUCAGAUCCUGUGUCAUCAUCAUCUCCUUCUGACCAACACUAUGUAUUUUCUCAUGAUCUUGAAUCCCAUUCAGUUGACAUCAAGAGUUCCGUGAAGAAGCUCGAUGAUGUUUCUGAAGAUCCUUCAAACUCGAGUACUGUCCUGGUUCAGACUGUAAAGAAACCACCUCUUCAGAUAAAGACACAGAAGAAACUGAAGAAACCGAAAGCUAGUUCUUCUGCAGGGAUAAGGAUUCGGACCAACUCACCACGGAUCGCCAGAAAGAAGACAAAGGGAAGAAGAAUGUCCCCACAACCAAUGAAGAAGGAAAUGGCAGAGAGUUUCGCUAUAGUUUUGACUUCAAUGGAUCCAGAGAAAGACUUCAGAGAAUCCAUGACUGAGAUGAUCGUGGAGAAUAAGAUGAAGGAACAAAAAGACCUGGAAGAUCUUCUUGCAUGCUAUCUUUCUCUGAACUCAAGUGAGUACCACGACAUAAUCAUCAAGGCCUUCGAGAAAACAUGGUUUCAUUUGAAACACACAUGUAACCUUUAUUAA